AUGAGAAAGCAAGAUAAGAAACGAAGAAGUGGAGACCAGAAGGAAUCAACACAAGAAACAAAUAAUUUUUUGUUAAACAAGGAACUUGCUCUUGGAUCGUUCUUUAUCAAUGUAUUCAUCGGAACAGUUAUUGGUUUAUCAGUGGAAAUCCUACCAAAUCUUUAUUUGGAACCGUAUCGCCGUGGAUUUUAUUGCAAUGAUUCAAGCAUUCAAUUACCAUACAAAUCCAGUACCAUACCAACAUCAGCACUUUUCAUCGCCAUAUUUCUUCUUCCAUUUCUUGGAAUUGUUAUUACCGAAAUAUGGCGUUGGAGAUACUGCAGAGAAAUAUACAGUUGGCGAAGUUACAAUUUCAAUCAGAUAUUAGUUAACUGUUUUAAAUAUAAUGCGUAUAAUUUGCUGGGAAUAGUUCUAGCACUUUUGCUAACAGUUUCGACAAAGUUCAUUGUUGGUGAAUUAAGGCCGGUAUUUUUGGAUAUAUGCAAUCCAUCAUAUGAUAGUAGUUAUUGUCUUAAUCAUACAUAUAUCUUGAAUUAUAAAUGUCGUGGCAAUAAUUAUGAUCAGACUGUUAAAGAAGCACGACUUUCAUUUUUCAGUGGACAUGCUUCAUUAUCUAUGACAUCGGCAAUUUUUUUUAUGAUUUAUAUACAAUCACGCAUUCCACGUAGAGGCUUAGCUAUUGUAGCGAAGCCUCUGGUACAGUUAUUUGCUCUUGGCUUAGCAUUGUAUACUGGCUAUACUCGAAUCAUUGAUGGCAUGCACCAUUUACAUGAUGUAAUUGUUGGAUAUGUCGUUGGUGUACUGUUAGGCUAUAUUACUGCUAAAUAUAUAGCAGGAUUAAGCACAAAAGCUGAUAGAAUGCGACCAAAUGAAAUGGAAUUACAAAAAAUUGAAUAUCCACUAACAUCAUCAGAUGAAAAUGUACCAGCGUAUAAAGCAAGUGUUGUUCGAGUUGAACCAACCAAAUUACGAUUAUUUCAUUAAUCAGUUGUUUGAUUCAACAAUAAUGUG